CCCCCUGAAUUGCGACUGCCGGGAAUUGUUUGGCUCCGGGUCCCCAUUUCGGGCAACUUCACCGCCAUCCGUCGCGUUGGAGAACCACCAAACUAGUCGGAGUCCCCACUGUUUGAUUCCUUGGACUUUAAAAGUCGUUGGAUAUGUCCGUUGCUGAGGGUGGUUCUUAUCUCCCCCUCUUCUUCUGCUGGCAAACAACAUUCAGCCCGAAGCAGCUCCUGCUUCAAUAGUCUCCGAAAUGCCUCGUUCAAUACCCCCUAAUCUCCACGGCGCUCUCCCCGAAGCCGAACUUGCAACCGGCGGGCCCGACAGUCGACGGACUGUCUCGCGAACGGCGCCCCCCUCCCCGUCCGCCGUCAGACGAACCCACAGCCUUCUUUCCGAAGUGCAAAUCGCCCAUGAAUCAUCGGGACCGGCUGUGGAGGUUAGUGAAACGACAAGUCUUCUAGCGAAACCUCAUGACGAUCGACGAGGGGUACCACGGCGCUCAUAUACCAAUCUCUCUGGAAAUUCGGGGUCGGAUUUCAACUUCAAACCCACGUUAAUGACCGGAAGCAUCCGUCGGUCUCGACAUCAUAGCCGUGCUAAUUCUCAGGCGAUACGCUUUAGUCGACGUGGCAGCAUCGAUACGGAGCAGGUGGAGAGCCUCGCUGCAUCUGUCAAAGAUGGCAUAACCGCUUCGUUUAUGGAUGAGCGAAGCUGGUAUGAUCAGUUCACUUCCACUGACUGGGUCCAUGACAGCAUCGCCGAUGGGGCUCGUCUUCGGGAAUUGCGCAAGCGGAAGGAUAUUCGCGGUCGCCUACUGUCAUGGUUGGAUGGCUCCCAGGGCUGGGUUCUGGUUGCAUUGAUUGGCUGCAUUACUGCUGCUAUAGCUUAUUCGGUAGAUGUGACCGAAGGAUUCAUCUAUGACGUGAAGGAAGGCUUUUGCACUACGCAUUGGUUCCACAACCGUCAGAGCUGCUGCACCAGUGGUUCGAAUUGCCCUGCGUGGUGGUCGUGGUCUGAGAUCUUCAACUCAGAGUCGGACAACCACUGGGUGAACUACGGCAUGUUUAUCUUCUGGGUGGUACUUCUUGCCGUCAUCUCGUGCUACCUGACACUGCUCACGAAGACAGUCGUUCCGUCUUCAGUGUCGUUGACGACAUUGGAUGAAAACCUCGGUGCUGCUUCGUCGCGGGGUACUAAAGGGAACAAUGCGACCAGUAACUCUCCUGGAUCUGCCUCCAGCCAGCAAGCGCUCAGCUCAUCAAUCCCCACGCGUCCCGCCAUGGUUUACUAUCCUGCAGCCGGAAGUGGAGUGGCCGAAGUCAAGGUCAUUAACAGUGGCUUUGUUCUGCAUGGAUACCUGGGCUUCAAGACUCUGCUGAUCAAGACCAUUGCUCUAGUUUUUAGCGUCUCGUCGGGCCUAAGUCUGGGGAAAGAAGGCCCCUACGUGCACAUUGCGACAUGCGUGGGGAAUAUUUGCUGUCGAAUCUUCUCCAAGUAUAACCACAACGAUGGCAAAAGACGUGAAGUGCUGAGUGCAAGUGCUGCGGGUGGUGUGGCGGUAGCAUUUGGUGCACCUAUCGGUGGCGUCCUCUUUAGUUUGGAGGAAGUUAGCUACUAUUUCCCCUCCAAAACCUUGUUCCGCACGUUCUUCUGCUGUAUUGCAGCAGCUUUAUCUUUGAAAUUUCUCAACCCUUACGGUACGGGCAAGAUUGUCUUGUUCCAGGUCCGAUACCUGGGUGACUGGGAAAUGUUCGAGAUGGCUAUUUUUAUUCUCCUAGGUGUUCUUGGCGGAGCGCUUGGCGCUCUUUUCAUCAAAGCCUCGAACCUUUGGGCGCGUUCGUUCCGACGAAUUGGGGUCAUUAAACGCUGGCCAAUGCUCGAGGUUGUUCUCGUUGCUCUUUUGACCGGGUUGGUUAGUUUUUGGAACCGGUACACUAAGCUGCCCGUCUCCGAGCUCAUGUUUGAGUUGGCUAGCCCUUGCGAUCACGAGUCGUCUUCGCCGACUGGUUUGUGUCCAGGUGAAGAUGGAAUCGGGGAGAUCAUCCGUUACCUACUGGUGGCCUUUGUCAUCAAGAGUCUUCUGACGGUGGUUACCUUCGGUAUCAAGGUGCCAUGUGGUAUCUAUGUUCCGUCCAUGGUGGUCGGUGGUCUCCUGGGCCGGAUUGUUGGGCAUGCGGCGCAGUAUUUGGUGUUGAAGUAUCCCACCUCUUUUCUUUUUGGAUCAUCCUGUCCCGCUACCGCCGGCAUGGAAUCGUGCGUGACUCCCGGAGUAUAUGCCAUGGUCGCGGCGGGCGCGACCAUGUGUGGUGUGACACGCUUGUCGGUUACACUGGCUGUCAUUCUGUUUGAGCUGACCGGCAGUCUGGAUCAUGUGCUGCCGUUCUCCGUGGCCGUCUUAUGUGCCAAGUGGACUGCUGACGCCAUCGAACCUCGUAGCAUCUAUGAUAUGUUGACCGAUAUGAACUCCUACCCGUUCCUGGACAGCAAACUCCAGCCGGUGUCAGAUGCCCAGCUUGGAGAUCUUGUUCGGCCCGUUCGAUCCAGUCGCAUCAUUGAUAUUUCGGGCUCAUCCUUUGUGCCCGCAAGAGAGCUACGUUCGAAGCUCCAGAACCUGCUCAUGGCGGGCGAACUUGACGGUGGUCUUCCGAUCCUCCGGCACGGCAUUCUUACCGGGCUGAUUCCCGCACCUGAGCUCGAGUAUGCAUUGGACAACCUGGCGGAUGAGGAGAAUACGCUCUGUCUGAUGACUCUGGACACCUCUUCGGCUGUCUCUGAUAGCGAGGAUGAAGGCCAAACUGGCCGCGCCGACUUUGGUCGAUACAUUGAUCCGUCGCCUAUUGCCCUCGACAUCCAUUCACCUAUCGACCUUGUAUAUCAAUGCUUUGCCAAGUUGGGGCUGCGCUACUUGUGUGUUUCUCACGAUGGCCAAUAUGCGGGCUUAGUACAUAAGAAAGCUUUCGUGAAGUAUAUGAAGGAGCUUGAGUGAUGACAUGCAUUGUGGAGUGUUUGCUUCUUACGACAUGUGUUCCGAAAUUGUUUAGUACCUGUGUUAUUCUUCUGUUCUUCUGACCAGUUGAACCAGUCUGCAUCCGAUGCCAAGUGCACGAUACUCCAUGAGCUUGUAUAUUAGCGAGUUGGUUUGCAGUUUUGAUAUUGUUUUUGAUUGUUAUUUCAGCGAG